AUGAAGGAGGAUAUACAGUGCUGGCUCGACAGCACUGUAGCCCUACACUGGCUGAACGAUGACGGGGAGUACCGCCAAUUCGUGGCUAAUCGGGUUAAAAAGAUUCAGAGCCACCCGAACACGCAGUGGAGACAUGUACCGACAUCCGAAAACCCUGCUGACCUGGAGAGCAGAGCUGGCAGUGUGAAUGAAGUGGAGCUAUGGUGGAACGGUCCAUCGUGGUUAUCCGACCGAUGUCAGUGGCCUGUUAAUAUUGUGACAACGGAUGACAGCAAUGCAGAAAAGAAGGUUCCACGAGAACUUUUCGCGCUCGGUGUCGAAGCAAACGCUGACUUUGACAAUGUUCUGGAGAAGUUCGGCUUGCGUAAAGCCAUGAGAAUUUGUGCAUGGAUCUUGCGGUUUAAUCACAAUUCUCGUCACCCUUCCAAGAGGAUGAUUGGACCUCUUACGACCGAAGAAAUUCAGCAACAAGAAAUGUCCUGGAUCAAGCAUGCGCAGAGCCAAGGGGCAAAGACGGUCAAGUUUUCCUGUGACCAGGAACAACUGAAUCUGCAACUAAACACCGAUGGUGUAUUGGAAUGCCGACGACACAUUCAGGUGGAAAUAGUGCAGCAAGCGCACGUGAUAACUCUCCAUGGGGGAGACAGCAUGACUAUGGCUAAAGUACGAGAAAGAUUCUGGGUGCCAAGGCUUCGACGGCUUGCUAAGAGAGCAGUGAAGUACUGCUUUGGCUGCAAGAGGUUCCAGGCUCAGCCCCUUCAUGACCCACCACCAGGUGAUCUACCGAAGUCACGUACAGAAGAGAGUACACCUUUUGAUGUCAUCGGGGUGGACUUCGCAGGACCAAUCAAGUAUAGUGGCAAGUGCAAGCCAGAGAAGAAAGCCUACGUCGACUACCUUACAGUUGGCCAGACACUACCACGACUAGAUACCCAACAAGAUUGGAUGCUUAUGAACGCUACGGAGGAGAAUAACAUCACAACCAUAAAGUUUUACCGCAUGAGAAACACCACUGAUCUACAAAAUGAUACCGCUAUUCCCAAAGGAAUGUCCAUUUCUAUUGUAUGGGCAUAUCAUCCCAUGAGCGACAACCUUCAACCUCAUGGCAGGGACUAUAGAGGGGUUUACAAUAUCACCCUCAUCCCGGUUAUCACUCCAACGCCGACAAUAAUGAUGGCACCAUCCUCAGCUGUAGUCCAGCCAGUGCUACAUUCCGACCUAAUUAUGCUCGAUGGCAAGGGAAACUACAAUGUUUCCUACUAUUACAACGCAGCCACAGACAAAUUGGAGUUUAUGGUGCAAGUGAGAACCACAGGUUGGGUUGGUUUCGGUGUUGCUGAAGUGGCUCCAAAUAUGAUGAAGUACUACGAUGUGGCAAUAGGAGGAGUAUCAGAUAACGGAACGAGCUAUUUUCAGGACUAUCUUACAGUUGGCCGCAUGCAACCCCGACUGGAUACCCAACAAGACUGGAUGCUCAUGAACGCCAAUGAAGAGAACAACGUGACGACGUUGAAAUUUUACCGCAUGCGAAACACCACUGACCUACAAAAUGAUACCGCUAUUCCGAAAGGAAUGCCAAUUUAUAUCGUAUGGGCAUAUCAUCCCAUGAGCGACAACCUUCAACAUCAUGGCAAUGAAUCCAAAGGGUUUUACAACGUCAUCCUCAUCCCGGUUAUCACUCCAACGCCGAUAAUAAUGAUGGCACCAUCCUCAGCUGCAGUCCAGCCAGUGCUACAUUCCGACCUGAUUAUGCUCGAUGGCAAGGGAAACUACAAUGUUUCCUACUAUUACAACGCAGCCACAGACAAAUUGGAGUUUAUGGUGCAAGUGAGAACCACAGGUUGGGUUGGUUUCGGUGUUGCUGAAGUGGCUCCAAAUAUGAUGAACUAUUAUGAUGUGGCAAUAGGAGGGGUAACAGAUAACGGAACAAGCUAUCUGCAGGACUAUCUUACAGUUGGCCGCAUGCAACCCCGACUAGAUACCCAACAAGAUUGGACGCUCAUGAACGCCAGUGAGAAGGACAAUGUGACAACAUUGAAAUUUUAUCGCAUGCGGAACACCACUGACCUUCAAAAUGAUACGGCUAUUCCGAAAGGAAUGCCAAUUCAUAUCGUAUGGGCAUAUCAUCCCAUGAGUGACGAAUUGCAACCCCAUGGCGUGGACUAUAGCGGGGUUUACAAUAUUACACUUAUUCCUGGUGUUACUCCCACGGCACCAAUGACGAUGACACCAACAGCUGUAGCGACUGCCUCUAUGCCGGUCAUGCCUGUGCAACCAACCUUUCUGAAUCUCCAAGAUGGAAAUUAUAAUGUCUCCUGGAUGUACAACAGUAGCAUGGACACGAUACACUUUACAGUAGAAGUGAGAGCUACAGGAUGGAUCGCGUUUGGUGUUGUAACAGCAGCUCCGACUGGCAUGAUGGGAUACGAUGUGGCCAUUGGAAAAGUUGAGGGUGGAAUAGGAAGCUUGGAGGAUCGUCAAACACUCGGUUUCCAAGCACCUGACAGGGAUGCUCGUCAAGACUGGAUGUUGACCUACUCUAGUGAAGUUAAUGGUAUGACAAAGUUGAAGUUUUAUCGCAAGCUCAACACCAACGACGAAAAGGAUGUUGUUAUCCAGCAAGGAAUGCCAAUUUACAUUGUGUGGGCAUAUUCUCCAACCAACGAUGCACUUGCACAGCACGCUGGUAAUAAUAGAGGUUCCAAACAAGUGACACUUGUACCAGCUGGUGUGACUCCGACGACCCCAACCCCGACAGCAG